UUUAGCCGUCAUUGGUCUCACCCUUAGUCUCACCACAGUAAUCAUAGUGUUUGCUCUUUUUCAUCGUUUGGUGCGCACGAAAGGGAAUCCCUAUGAACUUGAUUUUUUUCUAUGACUCUCUCUCUUUGCACAUUAUGCCAACAAUGAGUCAAUGGGAUUAAUGCAAACAAAAUCAAUUUUAGCAAGUUCAGCAACUCGAACGAACAGACCUCUCCGUCCAAAAAGAAUGAAUUCAUGACUUAUGACAGCUUAUGACAAAGGCGGGAAGAAAUAUUAUUUGAAAUUGGUAUUAUCAUGGUGGAAUCAUUAUUUAUUUUUCUUUUAUGUAUGUUGUAUGAUCGAUUAUUUGACCUUGGGCCUUGAGUAAUUAAUAAUAAUAAUGAUGCAUGGUAACAACUGGAUUUAAAAUUGAACAAAUUGAGCUAUUUCGGGUUUUUUGGAAUUAUUAACAAUAUCAUCUUCAUUCACUUCUGGUGCCUUAGAAAAUUUGCAUUCUAAAAUAAUCAUGUCUUCAGCUUCACAUUCAGAUGAUUCAUCAGAUGAAGAGCUAUUCCCAGUGAACCAUGCAAACUGUCAACCAAUAUUCCAAUAUGAUGACCCAUUACUUGUAUCUGGUGUACUUAAAGCUGUUGUGAAUGGAGAUUUGGGAAGACUCAAGGAGUUAGUGGAAGCAGGAAAAUCUAUUAACUUAAAUGAUAAUACUGGAAAUACUGCAAUGCAUGUAUCAGUGAUGAAGAACAACAUAGAAAUUCUGAAGUACUUACUGUCCAAUGAAGAUAUAAUUAUCAACAGAAGAAAUUUCCUAGGUCAGACACCUCUUUUUCUAGCAGUCAAAUAUGGCCAUAUUGAAUUGACAAAGUGCCUGAUAGACAAUGGAGCUAAUGUUAAUAUAUCAAAUUAUGAAGAUAUCACACCCCUACAUGCAUCUGUUCAUUAUCCAGAUAUUGCACAUUUGUUGAUAAAGAGUGGAGCAGUGUUAGAUGUAGAAGAUUAUAGUAAUGAUAUGCCUUUGCAUGAUGCUGUAGCUGAGGGGUACUUGGAAACAGUGUGCAUGUUCCUCUAUUACAAUGCUGAUGGUAAUAGAGUUGGUGGGAACAAUUUGAACCCCUUCAUGAAGGCCCUGAUUGUAGGGAAUGUUGAAAUACAAGAGGCCCUUUUUGAAUACACUGACAAUUUCAACAUAUGUGAUGCUGUUGGGAUGAGCACUUUAGCACUGGCCUUAUCACAUAAUACAACACUUACUGAAGAAAUUAUAAAUAGAGGUGCUAUUGUAGACCUACAUGCAUAUAGUGUAUGCCUUAGGGUACCUAACACAAAAAAAUUCAAGCUUGUAUGGGAAAGACUGGGUCCUGAAGAAGCCUCUGAUAUCCGUCUACUAGACUUAUUUUUUCAAUUGGACCAUAAGUUUUUGCAAAAUUACAUUGAUAUUAUUAUUGACCAUUCUCAAAGUUCUGUUCUAACAGUGAUUGCAGCCAAUACAUCUAGUAAAGACUUAGCUUUCCUCAUUGAAAAAUCAACUAUAAAUAACUGGUUAAAUCUUGAUAGCAUUUCCAAACUAACCUGUCUUUUACUUCAGCAUGGAUUUGAGGUUGAUACUUUUGUUAUUCAUGAAACACUCAUAAAUUUUGGUUGUUGUGAAUUAUUCAAAAUCUUACUUUUUAUGGACUAUAGAAGUAACUGGUCACCAUUCAUGAUCACAUCUAGGUUAAUCUUUGAUAUAAACACUGAUAUCAAAAGAAGAUGUGAUGAAUUAUUGAUGAUAAGUGAUAGGUGGACAAAUGUAGCAAAAUUGAGAGAAGAUGUAAAACAUGCUUUUAGUUUCUGGGCUUGCCAUAGGUUGUUUGAUAUAUGUCUCAAAGAGUUCAAUGAUGAGAGGAUGCUAGAUUUUGCUAAUGAUGGGUUCAGAAACUUUCCAGAAAUUUCACCAAUGUUUCCUUCAUUACUUGAAUUGGCCAGAAAUGAAUCUAGAAAGUACAUUAUCAGUUAUUUCAAUUUGAAUAGAACUUCUCAGUAUUACACCAUUGUGAACCAUUUGAAUAUUUCACCAGUUUAUAAGAAAAUAUUGAUGUUUGACAGAAAGUUAUAUCAAAUUUACCAGAUUUAAGACUGAUUUUCUUUUUAAGGUUUGUAAAUAGGUUAUUAGAAGUUAGUAAAUUUCAGAUAUUAGCAUGAACAUCUCAGUUAUUCAGAACACACUAUAUUUUUUUUGAAUUUGAAUCUUUGUAUAAUUAGUGAUUACAUGUGAUUAUUAGCAUAUUAACCAUUCAAAUGGUAUCAGUUAGUGAGGAAUAAAAUUUUUGUGUUUAUUGUUUUUUUAUGUUUGAAAUAAAAAAAGUUGGUUUGACAAUAAUCAUCCUUUUAAUUUUUGCCUUUGGAAAAAUUGUAGGAUCAGUUAAGUUAAGAUAUUUCCAUCAAAAGUUUUCAUCAAAAAACUUUACAAAAAUCAGCACAAAUCAUAUAGGUACUUACAUUUCUAAUCAUAAAAACAAAUCCCAAAUUAAAUCAUACUCUAAAAAAUCUUCUGAGUUUCCAAGAACAUACUGGCCUGAUUGUAAUUUUAUUUCAAUUUGUAUUACUUUCAACAUUUUUUAAUAACAAGAAUUUCGAACAGAUCAUAAAAUCUUUUCAUCCUUCACUUUUUAUAUUUUUUGAAGGAUAUGAUAGAUUGCUCAAUGUCAUCCACAUAUUUCUUAUACUCUGCCUCAAUCAAACCAUUUUUAUCUGUAUGUUCCAUUUUCAGGGUAAGCCCUUCUACAUUACACAGUCUUUUACUUCCUCUAGAUUCCCUUUCUGCAUCUGCACUAAUACGUUUUUUAAUACUGUUCAAAUAAUUUCUAUAUUCUUCAUUUUUUUUGCUGGUCUCUGAGCCUAAUAGAAUAUCAUAGAUGCGUUGGCACUGCUUUUUGCAAAUUUUGUACUUUCUCAUGACUUCAUAGAUUUUCUUAGGACUGCUAGUGAUGGUAUAGACUUUAGUGUCUUUCAGAGCAUGAUGAAUAGAUAAACAAUCAUCCAAGUCUCUCAUUCUUUGGAAUGUUGUUGUUGGCUCCUCAACUGUAACAUCUACAACUUCAGGCAUAUCUCUCAGUUUGUUCAUGACUGUUCCAUAUAGCAUCUUCCCAAUUCCUCUUCUCUGAUGGGAUGGUAGAAUGAAGAAUUGACUGAUUCUUGGUCUGAUGUUACUUGGAUAUGCAAAAAACUUAUAAACACUGCAAAAUCCUACUGGAGUAAUGUAAGACCUUUUUGUUUCUGGAUCUAUGAUUUCUUCAUAUACAUAGAAGAUGAGCCAUCUUUCAUCUUCUAAAUCAAUGAAGUUGGCACCAUCAAUGUACCAUACAAUAAAUGUUUCAAAUCUUCUAUGGAAAUCCUUAAAGCUUUCAUCAUUAACAUCACACAAUGUAAUCUUGUAGGUGGCAUGUACUUGUUUUUCUCUGAAUAGUUGGUUUGUUUUAGUAUCUUUGAAUUCAGCCAGUAUACUUCCAAAAACUAAGUCAUGUUUUUCUUUAUCCAGCAGUUCCAAGAAUUUUCUCUCAUCAGUGGUGAAAUUUUCAGGAAGCCAAGAAUUCAUAUUCUCCAUUAUAUUAUCAGCUUUAUAUAAACUGCUUAUUCUGCCAGAAGAUUUAACAUCAACAUAGCAAUUGCAAGAGUUGUGAAGGAAAUACAAGGCUAUGGAUAAAGAUCUGUAUCCAAAUACACUUUCACUCUCCCCAAAAAUCUGGUGAGCCAUAGUUGGUUUGAAUUCCAGGAAAUGUUUCUUCUUGUAUGCUUCUUGAUUGUAAACAAUUUUGAAUGUUACUACAGAAAGAGCAUCUUUUCUAUAAAAAGACAUUUCUCCAUCAUCACUUUUGAGGCCAUUAUAUCCACUACAACUUGCC